AUGCGCGUCCCAGUCACUACUCUACUCUUGCUCGCUCUCAUCUCAGACCCCAGUCUGGCCGUGCCAGCUCUGGUCGAGCGAGCUGCGGCAGACACCGUCGCUCCCUUUCAAGGCCCUUCGGCCCUUGAUGCGGCAAAUGUGGCAGGUCCGCCGUCGAAUGUAGCACCCUUUCAGGACAACAAGGGCUCAUCGCCGGGCCCGUUCCAGGGUGCUCCACAGGGCAAUGCUAAGGCGGGUGCACCGGCACAGGCUGCUCCAUUCCAGGGUCCUCCCGCCGUCGCGGCUGGCGCGGCCGCAGCCCCUGCCCCUGCUCCUGCUCCUGCUCCUGCCGCCGCUGUACCUGCAGCUGAGCCUGCUGCUGACGCUCCUCCCAAGGCCGGAGGCGGGGCUGGUGCUGGUGCUGCUGCUCCUCCGGCUGCAGCACCAGCCCCAGCCAGAGGCGGCGCAGGCGGGGCAGGCGGCGGCGCGAAUAACGGUGCCGGCGCGGGCAAGGGUCAGCGUCCAGGAGCAGCAGCACCCGGUGCUGGUGGCAACCCUGGCGGUGCACCUGGUGCCGGUGCUGGCGCUGGUGCUGGUGCUGGCACACCCCCCGCGACUGGAGGUACUCCCCCCACUACUGGAGGCGGUGCAGCCAGGCCCAGGCCAAAGCCUGCUCAACCUGGACAAAACGGACUCCCACCAGCCACGGGUACAUUCCGCGGCGACCCCAACGCAAAGGGCAAGGGUAAGAAGAAGAACCGAGCAGCUGGCCUUUUGGGGGCUCUCCUAGCAGGUGCAGCCGCAAAUGGGGCCGGGGCUGGUGGCAGAAGGCUGGGUGCCGGUGCCGGUGCCGGUGCCGGUGGUGGUCUCGCUGCCUUGUUGGGCGGGGCAUGA